AUGUCAUCCUACAAGAUACCAGUACCCAAUAGUAAACAUACUUUCAGGGAUGAUUUGUUCAAAGGAAAGGUAUUGUUUUGUACAGGAGGUCGAAGUGGUAUUUGUUAUAAAAUAGUCGAAACUAUGAUGUCUCAUGGUGUUGAUGCUGCUAUAGUAGGAAGGGAUGCGAAAGGAUUAUUGGAAUCCGCUCAAUCACUCGAACGAUCAACAGGUAGUAAAUGCAUCGCGACUUCUGCAGAUGUACGAGAUCCUGAACAACUGGGGAAAGCAGUCAAGGAAACAAUAGACAAAUUUGGUAAAAUUGAUUAUGUUAUAUGUGGUGCUGCUGGGAAUUUUCUCGCGCCAAUUGAUAACCUUUCCCCACGAGCUUUCAAAACAGUGAUCGAUAUCGAUUUACUGGGAACAUAUAAUACCAUAAAAGCGACUAUACCUCACUUACGUCAAUCUCACGGUGCAUACUUGCACAUUUCAGCUACGUUACAUUAUAGGGGAUUACCUUAUCAAGCACAUGUAUCAGCUGCCAAAGCAGGUGUGGAUGCUUUAAGUAAUGUUCUAGCUGCUGAAGAAGGUCCGAGGGGUGUGAGAAGUAAUGUCUUGGCACCAGGCCCAAUAGGUAAUACAGAAGGGAUGUCAAGGUUAACACCGAAGGGAUGGAAACCUGAGAAUGACAUUCCGUUGGGUAGAAUCGGUGAUACAUCCGAUAUAGCAAAUGCAGCUGUAUUCUUAUUUUCGCCUGCGGCAAGCUGGAUAACUGGUACUGUCACUGUCGUCGAUGGCGGUGAACAUCACAUUAGACAGAUGUCAUUACCUUAUCCUCAAAGUUUAUUAGAUCCGGAUAGCGUCAAAGGAAUUAUUAAAGGGAAGUUGUAG